AAAUGGAGAAAAAACAUAAAGGACAGCAAUGGCGAGUGUCCAAGAAAUGUGACGAAACCUACGCCACCCGAAGCCUACUUCCCUUCCCCCCGGUCUCUCCAAUUCCGUUUCAACCCCUUCUUUCUCUUUCUUCUUUUGCGAAAGAACAAGGGGAAAAAAGGAAGGGGUUCAUUAUGCGGAGGGCGACGGCGACGAGGAGGAGCUAGCGCCGGUCCGACCCAGAGCAUCUUCUGGGAGCAGGGGUGGAGUCAUCUUCGCCGGGAAGAGCUCCGUCGCGGCGAGCUCUAACAGCGACGCUAAUUGACGAGGGAUCCUCCUAUCACCAAUGGACGACUCGCCCCUAAGCCGCGGACCCUUGGGCCUGCUAGGCAGCGGUCCACUUGACCAGUCGUCGUCGUCGUCGUCGUCAGGAGAUUCUGAUAGCUCGGGCGGAUCGUCGUCGUCCGGGGAAUCGGAUAGCUCGGGCGGAUCGUCCUCAUCGGGAUCCCCGCCGUCUGUCUCCACCUCACAAUCGUCCACGCAGUCGACCCCGCCGCCCGGAUCCUCAGGCUCGCCUCCGUCGCCGCCCGCACCGUCGUUGUCACCACCGCCGGCUACGCCAGCAGGUACCGGCGGGUCGCCCCCUGGCCAACUCUCGCCGCCGGGAUCAAAUGCCGUCCCGUCUCCGCAGGCUCCGAAGCACAACGGGGGCGGCGGCGACAGCGGGGGCGGUUCCAAGGGCGGGGGCGGCUCGAAGGGCGGGGGUGGUUCCAAGGGCGGAAGCAAGCAGGACGAUUCUCCGCCCGUGGCGGCCGUGGUCGUCGGCGUGGUGAUCGGGGUCCUCGCCUUCGCCCUGCUGCUAUGCAUCACCGCGUGCGUAUGCUGCGCCAGGAGGAAGAAGAAGAGGCCGCCCAUGGCCAUGCCCUUCUACACCGACCAGCAUGGGAACGUGUACUACGCGAACAACAUGCCGAACCCGAAGUGGCAGCAGAGCGGGCCGGCGGACGGGCCGAGCGGCGUGGGGUGGCACCCGCAGUACGCGCCGGGACAGGGGCCGCUGAGCGAGGAGAUGAUGAUGAGCGGGUCGCAGGGGACGGGGCAUGGGUCGUCGAUGCCCCCGCCGUCGCCGGCCAUGUUCGGGUCGCAGAGCUCGUUCACGUACGAGGAGCUGGGGGCGGCGACGGGCGGGUUCUCCAAGGCGAACCUGCUGGGGCAGGGCGGGUUCGGGUACGUGUACAAGGGCGUGCUGCCGGGCAGCGGCAAGGAGGUGGCGGUGAAGCAGCUCAAGGCCGGCAGCGGGCAGGGCGAGCGCGAGUUCCAGGCGGAGGUGGAGAUCAUCAGCCGCGUCCACCACCGCCACCUCGUCUCCCUCGUCGGCUACUGCAUCGCCGGCUCCUCCCAGCGCCUCCUCGUCUACGAGUUCGUCGCCAACGACACCCUCGAGCGCCACCUCCACGGCAAUGGCGUGCCGGUCAUGGACUGGCCCAAGAGGCUCUCCAUCGCGCUCGGCUCAGCCAAGGGCCUCGCGUACCUGCACGAAGACUGUAAUCCAAGGAUCAUCCACCGUGACAUCAAGGCGGCCAACAUUCUGCUGGACGAAAAUUUCGAGGCCAAGGUCGCGGAUUUCGGGCUCGCCAAGCUGACCACCGACAACAACACGCACGUCUCCACGCGCGUCAUGGGAACGUUCGGGUACCUGGCGCCGGAGUACGCCUCGAGCGGCAAGCUGACGGACAAGUCGGACGUCUUCUCCUUCGGCGUGAUGAUGCUCGAGCUCAUCACCGGCCGGCGGCCCGUCGACCCCACCAACUACAUGGAGGACAGCUUGGUCGACUGGGCGAGGCCGCUCUUGGCGCGCGCGCUGUCGGAGGGCGGCAACUUCGACGAGGUGGUCGACCCGCGGCUGGAGAACAAGUACGACCGGCUGGAGAUGGAGCGCAUGGCCGCCAGCGCCGCCGCCGCCGUCCGGCACUCCGCCAAGCGCCGCCCCAAGAUGAAGCAGAUCGUUCGCGCGCUGGAGGGCGACGCGUCGCUGGAGGACCUGAACGAAGGCAUGAAGCCAGGGCAGAGCAUGAUAUACAGCUCCGACGAGUCCGGCAACUACGCGGCCAACAUCAACAGGCUGAGGCAGGUCGCAUUCGAGAGUAGCGAGGAGUACACCAACGAGUACAGCGGGACGGGCGAGUCGGGGGAGACGACGCGACGGCUUCAGUAAUCAAAAUCUUGGCCGUAUGAAUCUGUGAUGAUGCCCGUUGGCCAUGUGACGGGAAUCGGUUGGUGUAUAUACGUACGGUACGGGGUGUACACUAUGGUUGGUUGGUGAUGUAACUGCUUCAAUGCUUGUGAAUCGGUGUUGUAUUAUCGUGUAAAUUGAUGUACCCGUGUAUUUACAUGAUGUAACCUGCAGCUCUUCGGUUGUAUUAGCUCAGUGGAAAGAGAACUUCAA